UUUUUUUUUCUUGUAGUGCAUUGGGAGAGAAUUUACCAAAUUGACAUUCACACUAUGUCGGUUUGACCCAGUGUAGCAGCAGUGAAGGAGGGACUGGUUGGUAAGGGACAGAGCCUCAGGAGGACAGACAGGCUCACAGGAUGCAGAGAGUAGUGAGCCUGGUUUCUCUGCUGUUCCUAGGGUCAGCCUGGACCCUCCAGGGGGUCCAAGCGCUCCCAGAAACUCUUAGCCUCACACAGGAGAAUUUUGACCUGGGCCGGUUCAUGGGGCAGUGGUAUGAGGUGGCAGUGGUUUCCACCUGUCCUCACUACAUGCAGCGCAAGAGGGGAAACCCCGUCAUUGUUGCACUGGAGCUGCAACAUGUCGCUUCUCAGAGCAACUUCACACUGACAGCCAGUACUUUCAGGAAUGGCUCAUGUAAGCGGACGUCAACAAAUUAUAAUUUGACCAACACGCCAGGACAAUUCUUCUACCAUGUUGCCACAGGCUUGGUACAUCUGCCACCAACUGGUGCUCACAGAUCUGUCAUGCAACAUAUUGCGAACACGUUCCUUCCUGCAGGGUUUGGAGCAGAUGUUGAUUCCUACGUCGUUCAUACCAACUAUGAGGAGUAUGCAAUGAUGCUCCUGCUGAGCACAGAAAAACCAUCAGGAAAUAAAACCACCAUAGUCAAGCUUUAUAGUCGAUCCGUGGACGUGAGUCCCGAUGUGCUGGACAACUUCAAAACAUUGGUGAGGCAACAUGGAACGAGUGAUGGCGCUAUCAUCAUGAAUCAGAACAAAGGUGAGUGUGUUCCAGGUGAUCAAGCGACAGAGCCCAGUACUCAGACUCAGAUUUCUGUUCCCGAGAGGUCGAGGAGAAAUGUGGUGCCACACGUGGACUCUGGUAAUAUUGGACCAUUCGAGAGAUCAUCACAUGGACAAACUGAAGAGGAGGAUCAUCACACAAACACUCAUGAGACAUUCAUGUUGUCACAUGCAUAAACUGAUUGUGAAAAAUAUAAUCUUCAAUGGAUAAAACAGCUGUUUUGUUAGUACUGAUUUCCUGUCGGUACAUGAACAUGUUAAUGUAGCAAUAUUUAAUCGUGGUAUUGCAUUUUCAUAUAUAUGAAAUACUUGGUAAGUCCAAAUGAAUCUGUAAUGUAGGCCGAGUAUAUACUGAAGCCCAUACUGUAUACCUUAUGAUGCAAAGUAUGAAAAUACUAUUGGGAUACGUUUGACUGAACCUCAGAUCAUUUUCAAACAUUUGACAUACGUUAAAGACAAACAAAGUUAGAAAGAAAUGGAAAAUAUAAAGUCCUGAGGUCCUGUCACACCAUUAAAGUAUCUUUUCAUAAUUAUUGAUUUAUUGCUUCUCAGUGACCUGUAGGAAUUUCUAUUUCAUCCUCACUCAAAGUCUCCGAUCUAUCUGCUGAAUGCCGGCCUAACAUUUUCUGCUUUUUAUGCUGACAUAAUGUUAUGUUGUAUGUUACUGAUUACUUUCUAAAUACAGAUAAUAAAGUAGAAUACUAAAAAAUAAAUAGUUGUGGGCAGUAUUUAUUAUUUAGAUCCACUGGCUCAACUGGCUUAUUCUGGAUAAUAUGCUCUUUGGAUGAAAAGCAAUAGGUGAGGUUGCAGAAGAAAACACAGGGAUAUUCGUGAUAAAUAUACAAUGUCAUUUAAAAUGCUUACUGGUUUUCUGUUGAACUGGUUGACAUGGUGGG